GGGGAGGGGGUGUAAAUCCCACCUGCGCCCUGCUGAGCGCCCUGUUGAGCGUCAGUUGGUUGCAGACAGCAUGGUGGACGUGAAGGUUGUGUCUAGCCUGAACUACCUCUGUUCCCUUUUGUCAGAAUUGGGAGUUUAUGACCUGUGCACAGAGACCCUAGUCCAAGCAAAGCUGGACUCACCUGGGGUGUCUGUCAAGCUCUGGCGUGCACUCCACGAUCUGGUUCUUCUACAACUGGCGAGGUUCCCCUCAGUUUGUCCCGCAGCGAAGGCCAGAGGAGGAGGAGGAGGAGUAGUAGUAGGAGGAGGAGUAGGAGGACGUAAAUCUGGGAAAAUGGGUAAAUUCACAGGAGCAAGAGCUGAGGGGAUCCCAGCCUGCUGGAUCAAGUCCAGACUGGAGGGACUGUGGAGCUGUCCAGACGGAACAGUGCCGCUGGAUGUCAUCAAGUUUGUCAAGUACUAUGUGUGUCUAUGGGGUUAUCCGGUUCGCGAAGGGUUCUUCUCGCUGCCCUUCGACGCUCGAAUAGGAGGGCGUGAGCUCUUGCUAGCCCUAGCUUGGCUCGUAUCUCACUGCAACCUCUUCAGCAUUGGACUCACUUCGAGAAUUUUCAAGCUUCAACACAGGUCCACAUUCGACGAAGAUGAAGAUGAAGAUGAAGAGGAAGAGGAAGAGGAAGAGGAAGAGAAAGAGGAUGUUCCAUGUCCUUCACCGACGGUGAUGCGAACAAGACUUAGUGCUGUUGGGCCAUACUAUGUGGAUGAAAGGGCAAAGACUGGGAGCGAUGGGCGUAUGCAUUUGGUGCAUAAUUGUGACCAGGUGCACAAGUGUGCCUUGGGUCACAAUUGUGGUUUAUGCGAUGGGGUGUCGAUGGAGGAGGAGGGAGGGUGUUGCGGCAAUGGUAUGGAGAAGGGGGGGAUAUCCUCCUCCUCGUCCUCCUCCUCCUCCUCUUCCUUCUCCUCCAGCUGCAGGUGGGGGGACGGAGAGAGAAGGGUGGGUUCCUUGGUAGGUCGACGACACAAGCAUGGCAGUGCUGAGGGACUGCCAAGGGUGGGGGUAUUGGAGGCCUUGGGGGAGUUUCGUUGGUAUCCAGAUGACAUGAGGGGCUCUCAUCUGGCUCGGUCUAGAAUGGUCCAGGAAUCAGAAGACUCUCAUCGGAAAGCUCCACAAGUAUUGGACAGCUCCUACCCAAGCACCGACGAAAAGGCACUGGCAGAUCAACUGUCAAGCCAGAUUCUAAUGCUUUAUAGAAAGCUUCAUAUCGCAAUUGGACAAUUGGCGUCGCUUGAAGCGUGCUGCAUCAAGCGUUGGGAUGCACUGACUCGAUUACAACUGGAGCUGCGAAAACAAUGGUCACUCUCAGUUCCAAUCUACACUCAGUACGAACUCCUCUUGCUGUGCGACAAAAAGGCGAUGGCGCAGCAUGUGCUGGACCUUAAGAUUGAGCAGGAGGUUCAGAAAGAGGCGGAGUUGUGCGCGCAGCACGAAGCAUCCUUUUGGGAGUGGAUGGAUGGUGUCCUGGAUCUCUGCUCUGAUGAGCAGGCUCCUAAUCAAGAGGGCGUGAGGGGAACUUCCGUAGAUCGAUCAAUCAUGGUCUGUUUAGAAGACGCUGAGUACAUCGGUGGCGGUGGCAGCGGCGGUGGCGAUGGCGAUGGCGGUCGAUCACAUCAAGGCAGAGUCAGAGCCGAGUGCAUACAUACCGUGCACGGGACAGCUGAUCGCACGGAAAAAACAUGGGGCAACCUUAGCUAUAGAAGGAAGGGAGCGGAAACAAUAGGGUGUUUUGGUGAUGCGGAGGAUGGCAUUCAAAGCUUCCGUCAGCCAGGAGUGGUCGCGAAAGAAGAGCAUGCGGUAAGAGGGAGAGGCAAGUCGACGGACCCAGGAAAGGCAACUCGUUGCUGUCUGGAGCUUGGGGCGCUGGAACCGUUGAUCUGUUCUCUGUACGAGGAUGUCGUGUCACAUUAUCAAUGGGAGAGGAGGGGCAACGGGGGAUUGAAGAUCCGGAUACAGAGCGAAGACUGGAGUGGGGGGGAUGGUUGGAGGGGUUGCACGAGCGAAAGCGAUGACCGAGACUGCUGUGCCGAUUCGACGCAUCCAGAGCAAGCCCAGAUGGGUAUUUUGGCAGACCUGGAAGCUCUGUAUGCCGCCGUGAUGGAGGGUGAUGAAGAAGAAGAGGGCUUAGAGGGGGGUGACAGAAAUGAGCUGCUAGCCCCUUCUUUUGGCCCCAAACAAAAUGGGCAUGAUCAUGCACAGCCUGCACAGGACAACCUUAGAAAGACACAAGGCGAUGUGCUUGUCUCAGUCCUGAGGAGCUUGGCGAUGACCAACCGGCAAAAGGAGAAGCAGGGAGGAGAUCAUCAACAGGAGCAGGAAUGCCAACUAAAGAAAUGUGAGGUGGAGGCCUCCAGCAGAGGAGGUAGAAAGCGCGAGGAAGAUUGGGUGGAAAGCGCCAGUGAGAGAGAACCAGAGGGGGAAGCUCAGACUGAAGGAGGAGGAAGGGGAGGAAGAGCGGGGAGGUCCAUAUCGGGGGCCUUCUUUGGUGAUAGUGCAAUGCUGAAGGAAGCACUGGAGGAGGGAUCGAGGUGGGAGCGCAGGUGUCGCCCCAACCAUAAACCCGAGUUCGUGAAAGGGCUAGGCUUCCACAACAGAGACCUGGCAAGAGGCCAAGACAUUACAACAGAGAUUGACAGGUUGAAGGACUUGGUUAGUGAACUGUCAGGCUUACUGGCAACGGCACGUGGCUUGAACAAGUACGUCGAAUCUGGGCUGAUUAAGGCCUCCACUUCAACCUCCAUCCCCUCCCUCCCCCCCCCCUCCCCCACCCCUUUCCCUUAUGUUUAACUCUCCCGAGUAGUUGGUCCUUUCUGUGUCAUUCGUUUUUUUUUUUGUUUUUUUUUUUUUUUAAGCCAAUGUGGACGUGGUUGUGUAGAUGUGAGCAUUACCUGUAUCUGACCUGUUGAUUUUUUUUGUACCUGGACCAAGCGUUUCCAGCUUAGGCCCGGAUUUGUUUUUUGGUGUUUACUUGUCGAUUUUUUUUUGGUGUGUACUUGUCGUAUGUAGUAGGACCCAACCCGCUAAUCAAGUGGACUUGGGCCCUCAACGCUUUUGCUGGUACCGGUUCAGCUUUUUUCUA